AUGAUGCCAGACUUCUUAGAUAGCCUCAUCACAGGCCUGAUUACUGAUCCUCAGUCAUUUGUUCUUAACAUAAAGAUGGGAGGCCUCCUGUAUGUACCCUGUUCCCACCUUAGUCACAUGUCCAAACAUCUGCAUAUGCUGGGAUCUGUUCCUGAGAUAACCUUCCACGCCAGUUUACACUGGUUGUCAGGAGUGGGAAUACCUCUAUGUUACCCCUGUCCGGCCCCUAGGACCCAGGGCUUGGGGACAUCCUCAGGACCCCCACACUCAAGCCCUGAGAAUAUACAAAGGGAAGAGUCUCAAUACCCCACAACACCCAGACACUUUAACAGCAGUGUCCUUACCACUGAGGAUGGAGACACCCUCUCCUGCGGUGUGUGGGAUCCCUAA